UGUCUGACUAAGCUCACACACCUGCAUCAGCUACUUUCAUGGCCAUUGAAACAAAUUGUUCUCAUCCAUCCAUUCCAACAAGUUUUUAUCUGGUCCUUCCCCGGCCCACUCAGAGCCACGUCCCCCCCACCCCCGCCCGCCCCGGGGUCUCGGGGGAGGGCCCUCGGAGAAGAGCCUCAGCCUUCUAUUGGUCACUGGCCGCCGGAGGGCCGGGCCGGGCCGGGGCGCCGGCCUCCCAUUGGCCCGCGGCGCCGCAGACGGGCGCGGUACGGGGGCCGCGCGGUCCUUUUCGGCGUCCAUCGGGGCCGGAUCGGCUUCUCCUGUCCGGGAUGCAGCCGGGGACCGGCGGCGGCGCGGCGGCGGGGAGCGCCCGGAACCGUAAGUGGCCCAUGAAGAGGAGGGUGCCCGUGGCAGAGCCCAGCUUGGCUGACCCCCACCAGCUCUUCCAUGACACUAGCUCGGCCCAGGGCCCGGGAUACCCGGCCCAUCGGCCCCCGGGGGGCCUGGGCUACGCUUCCCCCUCCCAGCCGGCCUUCCUCGCUGACCCCGUGUCCAAUAUGGCGGUGGCCUACGGAAGCAGCCUGGCUGCCCACGGCAAGGAGCUGGUGGACAAGAACAUUGACCGCUUCAUCCCCGUCACCAAGCUGAAGUAUUACUUUGCUGUGGACACCGUGUACGUGGGGAAGAAACUGGGGCUCCUGGUGUUUCCCUAUCUGCACCAGGACUGGGAGGUGCAGUACCAGCAGGACAUGCCGGUGGCCCCGAGGUUUGACAUCAACGCCCCAGAUCUCUACAUUCCAGCCAUGGCUUUCAUCACCUACAUCCUGGUCGCUGGCCUAGCACUGGGGACCCAGGACAGGUUCUCCCCGGACCUCCUGGGCCUGCAGGCCAGCUCGGCCCUGGCCUGGCUCACGGUGGAGGUGCUGGCCAUCCUGCUGAGCCUCUACCUGGUCACCGUCAACACGGACCUCACCACCAUCGACCUGCUGGCCUUCUCGGGGUACAAGUAUGUCGGGAUGAUCGGUGGGGUCGUGACGGGCCUGCUCUUCGGGAGGACCGGCUACUACUUGGUGCUCAGCUGGUGCUGUGUGGCCAUCUUCGUCUUCAUGAUCCGGACCCUUCGACUGAAAAUCCUCUCGGAAGUGGCGGCCGAAGGCGUGCUGGUGCGGGGCGCGAGGAACCAGCUGCGCAUGUACCUGACCAUGGCCAUCGCGGCUGCCCAGCCCCUCUUCAUGUACUGGCUCACCUUUCACCUGGUCAGGUGAGGGGCCCUCGAGGCUCCCCGCUGCUCCAAGUGGGGAUGGGGAGGGCCGGGCGGGAAGCGGAGCCACGAGGGGCCCGGCGCUGGACGGCGCUGCCCGGCCCGCUGGCCGCCUUGCCGCGUCCCCGGCCCUCUGACUGGAACCGGCCCCCACAGAUUCAUCUCCUUGCCUGUUGUGCUUGAGCCGAGUCCCUGCCCCCCCUUCCCCCUUUCCCCCCAAUCUCCAUCCUCUAAGGUGCUUAGAGAUCUCUGACUGCACAGCAAGCUCCGAGCCGGGGCUGCCGCCGUGGGCGUCUGUUACUGGGAGAAAUAAACCCCUUGGGGGUGCUGCUGA